CUUUCUUACACAUGUUCUUCUUUGUAGCUUCCUUGGGUUAAAACUUUUCUCCUGCUUUAAAGAAGUCAAAGCUCAGAAAAAGGCAAAGCAGGAAUGGAGAAUCUACCUCCUGGUUAUCGUCCCAAUGUUGGUGUUUGUCUAAUCAAUUCAGAUAAUUUGGUAUUUGUAGCUUCAAGAUUGAAUGUUCCUGGAGCAUGGCAGAUGCCGCAGGGAGGCAUUGAAGAUGGAGAGGAUCCAAAGUCAGCAGCCAUGAGAGAGCUACAAGAAGAAACUGGAGUCGUUUCAGCUGCAAUCAUAGCUGAGGUUCCAACUUGGUUAACAUAUGAUUUCCCACCGGCAGUAAAAGCAAAGGUUAACCGGCUCUGGGGAGGUGAAUGGCAUGGUCAGGCGCAGAAAUGGUUUCUAGUGAGACUGAUAAACGACGAGGAUGAAAGAGAGAUCAAUCUAGCUAACAACGAAGCGGAUUCAGAGUUUGCGGAGUGGAAGUGGGCGAGACAGGAAGAAGUGGUAGAGCAAGCAGUUGAUUACAAAAGGCCAACGUACGAACAAGUCAUUAAGACUUUUGGUUCUUACUUGAAUGAUCCAGGAAGAGCUGCUAAAUGUAAAUCUGCCAAGUGGUGAUAAGGAAACCAAUGUUUGUUCUGUUCAUUUUUGUAAAUUGGUUAUUGGUACUAGAAGGUUUUGGUUUUGCUUUAACUUGGGGUUUAUUGUAAUAAAGUCUUGGUCUGGAUCCACAAAAAGGGUAUGGCUUGUGUAUGUCCUUCUAACUUAUAACUAAGUGUAAAGAAAAUGCAAAGGUUAUGAUUAUU